CUCAGCGGCCCCGUCUCACGGCCUUGACAGCCAUGUCUGGAGAGCAACGGUCGAAACCCUGGGGACUCCGGUGGAGGAGUUCUGUGUGGUACGUGACGUUCGGUGUAAUGACCGAUGUGCUCGUGUAUUCUAUUGUAAUCCCUGUGCUCCCAUUCCAACUGGAGCGUCUUGGUUACCAGGGUGUCUCGGGCCGCGUUGGCUGGCUGCUUUUUGGAUUUUCUGCAGGACUUGUACUAUCGACGGUGCCUAUCGCCAUGUUCUCUGAACGAUACAAUAUGAGGACUUGGCCCUUGAUCUUAGGCCAGGUGAUACUGAUUGGAUCGCAGAUCAUGCUCAUGCUGGCACCUACGUACUGGCUUAUGGUGCUGGCUCGGAUUAUCCAGGGCAUAAGCUCUUCCAUUAUAUGGAUCGUCGGCCUCGCACUUCUAUGCGAUACAGCGUCCGAAUCUAUCGUAGGAAGACAACUUGGUGUGGCCAUGACCGGUCUUUCUCUCGGGUCCCUCAUUGGCCCACUAGCAGGAGGACUUCUGUACCACCGUUUCGGCUUCCAUGGUCCCGGCAUCCUUGCUGUCAUCCUGGCCGCUGUAGACCUCGUUGGGCGACUCCUCAUCAUCGAGCGCAAAGACGCGCUGAAGUACGGCGUAGACCCUGCGGCCGAACCAGAGCCGGACGACUCGGAGCAGACUGCCCAGCAAGAGAACCCUGUGCCUGAAACGCGAGCUGAAGACGACAAGUCUGCGACAGGAGAGAGAGCUAUGCAGCUCCCAGAUAGGCCACAACUGUCUUUGAUUGCUGUGGUUCGGAAGCUGGCGACGUCCAAACGAGCGCUGACAGUUAUGUUCGGCAGUGCAAUCUACGGGCGAGUACAAACAAGCGUUUCCCCCAUCAUUCAUGCUGAUCUUGAUCGUAGUGUCGCGUACGCGAGCCAGGAACCCGCGCUUCCCCUGCAUCUCCAAGCAGUUUGGAACUUCGACUCCUCAAGGGUCGGCCUGAUAUACCUCGGUGGGGUAAUCCCGACCCUGAUAUCGUCUCCCCUCUCCGGAUGGAUCACAGACUGGUACGGCUCCGAAUGGACGCUCAGCAUCUCCUUCCUCCUGAUCCUCCCGUGGUUCGGGCUCCUCACCAUAAACGGGCCCCUCGCGCUCUUCAUCGCCAUGUUCUGCCUCGAGAACUUCUUCUUGGCCGCGACAGUCCCUCCGCUGACGACAGAGCUGGCCGCGGUGUCGCGCAUGCACGAGGGCAUCGGAUAUGCACAUGUGUACGGUGCCUUCAACCUGAGCUUUGGCAUCGGUUCCGCUCGUACGUCUUCGACACUGGCGUAUAUUUACGACCACGUACGGCAAGGUUGGGCAGCGAUAUGCUACGUCUCCAUCGGUGUCCUCGCCAUGUGUUCGCUCCUAUCGAUGUGCUUCGUCGGCGACAAGCCGUUAUACUCACGUUUGCUGAUACGACGACAAUCACGCUCCUAACGACGAUCCAUUUCUCAAGAAACCACUACUCAGCUAUACCUGACAGUACAUAGUGUAUACGCGGGGUGAUAUGAUACAGUGUACAGACUAGAGAAAAUAUGUAGGAUGACGGGAGAUGUACGCUAGAUUCUCCGCGGGAACUUACAUCUAGGAAUACAGAUGACGACAGAGCGAGAUGCGACGGUAUGUAACAUGAGGUAUACAAGAGAGGAGGAAAGCAAUGAUGUGGUGCGACGCGACGAACUAAAUAGUGAUAUAAUGUUACGAAGGAGCGGCAGGUAUAGUGUCUUGUUGCAGGCGGAUAGAUGGGGGUGUCCCAAACUGGAUUAACAGUUGGACAAGGUCACCUGCGGGUAAUCGUUUA